CCCCAGCCACGCUGACGGCCCCUAGGCCAGGGGCACCGAGGGCGCUGGAGGGGCCCGGGCUUCCCAGGAUGGACGGCGCGUGCGAGGUCUCCAUCAGGGAGUGUUCGGAGCAGCCAUCCUUCGAGGAGAAGACGGGGGAGCCCCAAGCAUCCCCCAAGGCAAAGCUCCCACUGGGCAUCCUCUUCUCCACGCUCCUGUUCUGCGGUGAGUCGGUGGCGGCCGGGAUCCUGUGCUUCUCUUACAGCCACUCUGACGACCGCUUCUGGCUGGCGAUGACCAUCUUCUUCAUGGUGUGUCCGUCCAUCCUGGUCCAGCUGACACUCAUUUUCAUUCACCGGGAUUUGACCAGUGACAAGCCACUGAUCCUCCUGAUGCACCUUCUCCAGCUGGGGCCUGUCAUCAGGUGUGUGGAAGCCCUGGUGGUUUACUGCACCUCAGGGCAGGAGGAGGAGCCUUAUGUCACCAUCACGCGUAAGAAGAAACUCAAGAAAGGCUAUGAGGUGGAGAUGGAGCAGGAGGUCGGCCACACAGUCCGCAGGCUGGUCACACAUCGUAAUGCCUUCAAGCGUGUGGCAGUGAUCCAGGCCUUCCUGGGCUCCACCCCACAGCUCACACUGCAGCUCUACAUCAGCAUCGUCGAGAAAUACGUUCCUAUUGCCAGAGCCGUCCUGAUGGGCAUCUGUCUGGUGUCAGUCACCUAUGGGGCGCUGGUCUGCAACGUUUUGGCCAUCCAGAUCAAGUAUGAUGACUACAAGGUCCACUUGCGGCCCCUGGCGUUUCUCUGCAUUGUCUUGUGGCGCAGCCUGGAGAUCUCCACCCGUGUGGCUGUCCUUGUGCUCUUCUGCACUGUCUUCAAGCACUGGAUUAUCCCCAUAGCCUUAGCCAACCUGCUGGUUGUCUUCUUCCUGCCAUGGGUACAGUUCUGGCGGAGUGGCACGCAGUUGCCCGACAACAUCGAGAAGAACUUCAGCCGGGUGGGCACUGUGGUGGUGCUGUGUUCUGUCACUCUGCUCUAUGCUGGCAUCAACAUAUUCUGCUGGUCAGCUGUACAGUUGAAGCUGGCAGACAGGGACCUUAUAGACAAGUCACAGAACUGGGGCCGCCUGGCCCUGUACUACAGUGUGCGGCUGGUGGAGAAUGCCAUCCUCCUUGUCCUCUGGUACCUCUUCAAGACAGACGUGUAUGAGUACAUCUGUGCCCCACUGCUGGUGUUGCAGCUGUUGGUGGGCUACUGUCUAGCUAUCUGCUUCAUGCUCUUCUUUUUCCAGUACCUGCACCCAUGCCGCCAGCUCUUCAGGCAUAAUGUCUCAGACUUUUUACACUGUGUCUGUUGCCAGAAGAUGGUGUUGGCAGACCCUGCAAAUCUUGAAGCCCCGUAUGAGCCUGGUGUGAGGCACAGCAUUGUUUGAUGUACUCAGCAGAGGAAGGGGGCAGCUCUGAAAGA